ACAAAGCUGUCGGUGCACGGCAGUGGCGCCUCGCCGCUUCAGGGUGAAGAUGUUCGGCAGUCUGUGCGCUCGUAAGUUGGCUCGCCGUUCACGGUCAGCGUUAAUAGCCGCUUUGACAGUGCUGCUGGUCCAAACGCUUAUCGUGUGGAACUUCAGCAAUCUGGACACGGGUGAAGACAGAAAAGACAACGCCAGAGAGAAGAGGGACCGAAUCGGCAUCAACAAAGCCUACAGCGAGUACCCGAAGAGCGGCUUCCAGAGGAGGCAUCACCAGCCGCCGCUGGGCAAAGCGUCUAUUCGACAUAAACUGCAACCGGAUGGCUAUUACUCUCACCGGCCCAAGGAGAAAGUCCGCGUGGACAGCAACAACGAGAAUUCCGUUCCUAAAGACUUUGAAAAUAUAGACAACAGCAACUUUGGGGCGCGUUCCCAGACGCAGAGACACGUGCCCAGCAAGCACAAACAAGGCCUGCUUGAGAAAGCCCAUGUCCAGCAAAGAAAACACUCCAAUGAGGUCAUUCAGUAUGCACAUAACAAGGGGAGCUACAAUCAGACACGGACAGAUCUUCAUCGAAGAGCCAAUCCCACCCUCCAGCCAGAACAAUCCCAGCAGCACCGGCACAACCUGCAGCAGGCUAAGAGAUCAGCCGCGCCCACCGUGGACAUCAAGUACGACCAGCCUCCCAAAUGCGAGAUCAGCGGCAAGGAGGCAAUCUCCGCCCUUUCCCGUGCCAAGACCAAGGAGUGCCGGCAGCAGAUAGCUGAGGUUUAUUGCCGCCACAAAGAACGGCAACUCAUGCCUGAGAAGGUCACCCGUUAUUGCCCCUUAGAGGGCAAAGUAAAUAUGAAUGUGCAGUGGGAGGAAGACUCUAUGGAAACAGUUCCAGCAGUACCAGUGCGGAUAGCCUUCAUAUUAGUGGUGCAUGGACGGGCCUCUCGCCAAGUGCAGCGGCUAUUCAAGGCCAUAUAUCACACAUCCCAUUUCUAUUACAUCCAUGUGGACCAGCGAUCCAACUACCUGCACAGGCAGAUGGUGGCUCUGGCCGACCAGUACCCCAACGUCCGGGUCACAUCAUGGCGCAUGUCUACGAUAUGGGGCGGGGCCAGCCUUCUCACCAUGUACCUGCAGGGCAUGAAGGACCUGUUGGCCAUGCGGGAUUGGCCGUGGGAUUUUUUCAUCAACCUCAGCGCUGCCGAUUACCCAAUCAGGACCAAUGAUCAGCUGGUGGCCUUCCUGUCCAAAUACAGAGAUAUGAAUUUCAUCAAGUCUCACGGGAGAGACAACGCUCGAUUCAUCAGAAAACAGGGUUUGGAUCGGCUUUUCUUCGAGUGUGACACCCAUAUGUGGCGGCUUGGAGACAGGAAAAUUCCAGAAGGCAUUUCCGUGGAUGGGGGAUCUGAUUGGUUUCUGCUCAACCGAACGUUCGUGGAGUACGUCAUCAACUCUCAAGAUGAUUUGGUGACCAACAUGAAGCGUUUCUAUGCGUACACGCUCUUACCUGCGGAGUCAUUUUUCCACACGGUUCUGGAGAACAGUCCGCAUUGCGAGAGCAUGGUGGACAACAACCUGCGAAUCACGAACUGGAAUAGAAAGCUGGGCUGCAAGUGUCAAUACAAGCACAUCGUGGACUGGUGCGGCUGCUCCCCCAAUGACUUCAAGCCCUCUGAUCUUCCUCGUUUCCAGCAAACCACCAGGCCUACGUUCUUUGCGAGGAAGUUUGAAGCCAGCGUGAAUCAAGAGAUCGUGAACCAGCUGGAUAUCUUCCUGUUUGGGAGUAUGCCCCAGGGCACGCCGGGUUUCAAAGCCUACUGGGAAAAUGUUUUUGAAGAACCUGAUGGUAUUCACAGCCUGUCAGAUAAGCAGCUCACGCUCUACCACGCCUUCGCCCGAUUGGGCCUGACACGAACUGCCAGCUCAUUACAAGGAGACCCCAGUGACACCAGCUGCAGGUAUUUCGCUAUGGGCCAUCCUGUGUCUGUCCACCUCUACUUCUUGUCUGAUGAGUUCCAGGGAUACUUGGUCAGGCAUCAUGCCACCAACCUGGCAACCAGCAAACUGGAAACCCUGGAGACGUGGGUCAUGCCUAAACAGUUCUUCAAGUUCACAAAUCCACCCAAUACCUUUAACCGACUACAGUUUGCAGAGAUCGGAACAGACUGGGAUGCCAAAGAAAGGAUAUUCCGAAACUUUGGGAAUCUGAUGGGUCCCAUGGACGAGCCCGUGGGAAUGCAAAAGUGGGGUAAAGGGUCAAAUGUCACUGUGACCGUGGUGUGGAUUGACCCCACCAAUGUCAUCGCUGCUACCUACGACAUCCUGAUCGACUCCAGCGCCGAGUACACUCACUACAGGCCUCCACUGAAUCUGCCCCUGCGGCCGGGCAUGUGGACCGUACGCGUGCUUCACCACUGGAGCCCUGUGGCAGAAACACGCUUCCUGAUCACCCCCCUUACUCACCACAAACACCUGCCAAUACGCCAAGAGGAUGCUUUGAGAAUGCACAACGGGCCCACCAAGAACAGCUACAUGGAGCAGAGUUUCCACGGCCUCAACCCUAUCCUGAACAUCCCGGUCCAUCUGGGCCAGGUAGAGGCAGCGGAGCUCAACGCUGGUCUUACGGGGCCUGAGUUGGAGCGCUGGGUGGACAGCCUGGUGGGCGAGGUGUGGUCGGCUGUGGACGUGUGUGCAAUUGGCCUCAGUGGCUGUCCAGUCAUGCAGACAUGCAGGGAAAUGGCAUGGAGCUCUCUCAGCCCGGACCCAAAAUCUCAGUUGGGCCCACCCAGAGCCAACGGGCGAAUCAGGUAGCAGCGUUCGCUGCUCUGAGGACUGCCCUUUUAUAGGUCAUCUUUUAUUUAUUUUCCAGUGUCGCUGAUGUGAACAGGAGCAGAAUGCCGCCUUGUUAUGCUCUCAAAUGCAAAAUACACAUGAAAGCGGACGCUGGGAAGAUUAUUAUAAAGAUUUCAAAUGUGCGCCAGCUGGUUAUCUUAAACUCUUGAGUGCUCUAGUGAUGUGAGUGCUGUCAGUCAUCUUUCUACUUUAUUUAUUUUGAUUACUGUGAUUGAAUCUUUGUUGACUGGAUGCUGGAAUAGAAUAUUAAGCACAGAAUGGACUUGAACACUGGUUGUAAGACCAAAAGACAUGUUUGUAUAGCCUGAUAUUUAAACACACUUUUAUUUAUAGGAUCAGUGUUUUUCAACUUAUACUUUAUUAAAAUCCUUAUGUCUGGUUGCAAAAUGGCCCCCAAAUAUAAUUUGGGCACUAAAGACACACUAAAACAUGCAUUUGUUUCAACAAAAUAUCAAAACAAGUGGCAUUUAUUUUAAAGAAGGCAGAAAACACAGUAUUUGAGCAGUUUCUGGUAGUAAAAUUAUGAACUAUAAAUAUAAAAAGGUACACCUGUGUUUACUCUGCUAGGACUCUAUGAAUUCAUACAUCAACCAAAAAAGAUCUUAAAGGAAAAGUUCACCCAAAAAUGAAAAUUCUGUCUUCAUUUACUCACCCUUGAGUUGUUUCAAAUUUGUAUAAAUGUCUUUGUUCUGAUGAACACAGAGAAAGAAAUUUGGACGAAUGCUUGUAACCAAACCUCACCGUUGACUACCAUAGUAGGAAAAAUGACAAUGGUAGUCCAAAGUUUGCUUUCCUACAUUCUUCAAAAUAUCUUCUUUUGUGUUCAACAGAACAAAGAAAUGUAUACAGAUUUGGAACAACUCGAGGGUGAGUAAAUGAAGACAGAAUUUUCCUUUUUGGGUGAACUUUUCCUCUGUUCAACUGUGCAACAUAUAUUUUAGGUUGUUUUGAGGGUCUAGCAUCAUUUGAUUUAUUAAUUUGUUUUCAAUCCUUUAAAUGGCAUUUUUAAAUGUGACCUUAUUGUACAAAAGUGUCCAAAUGUUUUUGGUCCACUGUAUAUAACUGUCACCGACGCAACAUUGCAGAAAUCUGUAGUUUUAAGAGAAAUACUUCUCGUUCCAGACUCAAGUCUCAAUAGACUGAAUUCUGUCAACUAGGCAAAAGUCCGAUUUUUUUUCUUUUUAAUAAGUUAUUGGUUGAAAAACACUUGUUUUGAAUGAAUUUUGAGCUUUUAAGAAGUAGCGUUCUGGGCCACAUUGUCAUAGUUGUUAAAGUAAGAGAGUGAGUCUAGAGAAGCAUGUGCUCUGAGUGAAGUGGCAGACUGCUGACGUUGUCCCAUGUGAGCUGUGCUGGAGCUCUGACUUCUGUCUCUGUGCUGUUCCCUUCAGGCUGCCCAAACUUAAAGUAGAAGGUGCCAGCUGUGCUGGCACACCGAGGAAAAAGUAAUUCCUCCACUUUUUUAUUGUAUCGUUUUUUUGUUGUUUUUUGCUUAAACAGAGGUAUUGGGUAGCUGAGGGGUGUAAGAUGGCUAUUUAUUCAUGCGUUUAUAUAAAUGAAAUAGAUAUUUUUUUAGUCAAUGACUAAUGUCUAUAUGCUGUUUUUUGCAGCUCGUUCAAUACCUUUUGUAAACAAGCUGCCUUUAUUUACAAAGGCAAUUAUCCCAACCAUAUAACUACAGACACGAGAUGCGGUACUAGUACAGGCGUCUGUAAAAACACCCAUUCCGCGCCACCACCUGAGAUCCACUUGUCCAUGUCAAAAACGCUGAGCUCACUGGGAAACUAACUGGUUGAAUGAUCUUAAAUCACCUCAAAAACUUUUUGGUCAUGCUGCUUGUAAUAUUUCAUUCUGGUCUUUUUUAUAUGAGCCAAUGUUUGGUACUUUUGCCAUGUGUUGCUUAAAUCUUUUAACGAGCGCAUAAAGGUCAUCAGCCGGACCGGUUGGUAGCAUCCACACAAUGUCACCGGAAUUGCUUCCAAAAGUUGCCUGGAAGAGACCUCAACUGCUCUCCAUUGCACGUAUGCCAUUUAGAUGUCACAUUUUCCAAACUGGGCUGUCCGGAUAACUCGCAUCCAAAAUAAUGAUACGCUAGUCGUUCAGAUGUAUUUUUAGCGGAGAAGAUUGCACGCUUGCUGGACUCUGGAGUUUGCAUUGGACUAACAUUUCUCCGUUUUGCAGACCUUUUAUGUUUUUUUACAUUGAAACUAGUGUGGCUUGUUGCACUCUAUCAUUUAAGGGACAGAUCUCCUCGGGGACUGUAAGCCUGGCCUUGUCAUUACUUUGUAUGCAUUCAGAUUGUUAUCUGGUCUUCAGAGAGUGAAAUGUGGUCGUGUGAUCCGAAGGAGACUGUGACUUUAGAUUUUCAAUAACGCGCUUUUUUCAUCCAUACAUUCCCGGCUAGUGUAAAAUGGGAAUGCGUUGUUAGUACAGUUUUUAAAAGCGCGUCUAAUGCUUGUCUACGUGGUGUUACAUCUGUACUGUACAUGUGUGAAAGUGCAAAUGAUUUGAUAUUCUUAAAAAAAGAGAGAAAUUAUAUAUAGUUAUUAUGUCUUGAGAUUUCGGCUUAAGUAAGAUUUAGCCUUUGGAUAAAUGAAAUUUAUGAUACCUUGAGAAAUAUUCAACACUUAAAGGUGAAGUGUGUAGUUUUCUCGAUAAUUUUCUCCUUUCUCAGUUUAAUAUGCAGAGACAGAUAUAAGUAAGCCAUUCUUAGGUCGACGUCCCAAAGACGUUUUUGUUACACACUUCACCUUUAAGAAAAUCACAGCAGUGGGCGGAUCUGACCUCAAGAUUAAAGGAACAUACCUCCUCCUUUCACAAUGUCAAGUGUCUGUUCAACCAUUCACAUUGAAAAGAUAUUUAUGAUAUCAUCGGUCAAACAUCUCUUAUGUACAAUCAUUAUUUUGGUAGGAAUGACAAUGUCUCAAAGUAUUGUAAAUAAUCUUACGUUUAAAAGGGUGUCGAAGUGAGUGAAGUCUUGGUGUGGUGUUGAGUGGCACUGUAGACAUUCUCAUGUGAAAAUGCGGAGGGUCUGUAAAGGGCUGUGCUGGGAUGGGAUGGGAUGAGUGUGUGGUUUUAGCUCUUAAUGAACAUUUUUGCCUUUCAGAGAAUCUUGUGCCAGAUCGCCAUUCUCUGUGCUGGAAUGUUUUGUUGAGCAACUGUUGCACAAUUUAUUUAAACCCCUUGAGCUCUCCAGUUGAAGGGGGGCUCUGUGCCUUAGGUGUUGUCCUGUCUAAAGGAUUUCCAACCUUCUGUAUGUAAACAUCUAACGUGUCAUCUCUGUCUUUGAUUUCUCCACCAAACCAAAAAACUGCUGUUGUAAAUGCCUUGUGUAUCAAUGUUGUUUUGGUUCUGUUUUUCUUCAUACCGAACUUUUGAAUAAAACAAGAACUCCU